CCGUUUAAUUUAGGUGACAGUCAGAGUGUCUACCAAAACUAAUCGUACAAAACCGAACUGAAUUGAACCGAAAUGGCCAUGCCUGCUUUUCUUCAGCUUUAAGGGAAAAGAUCAAAGAUUGGGUCUUCAACACUUGAGAGAGUCUCUGUCUCUGUAAAAGAUAUUUGAGCUUGAGAAGAACAGAAGAAACUUCCAGGAUCAAUCAAUCGAUCAACUUUAGUGAACUAACUCUUGAUUUUUCAUUCGAAGUUAUGGAAUCGGUUCCCGAAUCCGUACCAUCGCCGAACUCGAAUACACCGUCAAUACCACCGCCGGUGAACUCCGUACCGCCUUUCUUGAGUAAAACCUACGACAUGGUUGAUGAUCCGUUGACCAAUGAGGUCGUUUCGUGGAGCAGCGGGAACAACAGCUUCGUCGUCUGGAGUGCCCCGGAGUUCUCGAAGGUGCUCUUGCCCAAGUAUUUCAAGCACAACAACUUCUCCAGCUUCGUCAGACAGUUAAAUACUUAUGGUUUCAGAAAAGUUGAUCCUGACCGAUGGGAAUUUGCAAAUGAAGGAUUUCUUAGAGGCCGAAAACAACUACUGAAGAGUAUUGUCAGGAGAAAACCUUCGCAUGUGCAGCAGAAUCAGCAACAAACUCAAGUUCAGAGCUCAUCUGUUGGUGCUUGUGUCGAGGUGGGGAAGUUUGGAAUAGAAGAAGAAGUGGAAAGACUUAAGCGGGAUAAGAAUGUUCUUAUGCAAGAACUCGUCAGGUUAAGGCAGCAACAGCAAGCUACUGAAAACCAACUGCAGAAUGUGGGACAGAAAGUUCAGGUGAUGGAGCAAAGGCAACAACAAAUGAUGUCGUUUUUAGCAAAGGCUGUUCAAAGUCCAGGUUUCUUAAACCAGUUAGUACAACAGAAUAAUAAUGAUGGCAACAGACAAAUUCCAGGAAGCAACAAAAAGAGGAGACUUCCUGUAGAUGAGCAGGAGAAUCGUGGUGACAAUGUGGCUAAUGGUCUUAACCGCCAGAUUGUUAGAUAUCAGCCGUCGAUAAACGAAGCAGCACAAAAUAUGCUUCGACAGUUCUUAAAUACUAGUACCUCACCUCGGUAUGAAUCAGUUUCAAACAAUCCUGACAGUUUCCUAUUGGGUGAUGUUCCCAGUUCUACCUCUGUAGACAAUGGGAACCCUUCAAGUAGAGUUUCUGGAGUAACAUUGGCCGAGUUUUCACCCAACACAGUUCAGUCAGCAACGAAUCAAGUACCCGAAGCAAGUUUGGCUCAUCAUCCUCAAGCUGGUCUGGUUCAGCCAAAUAUAGGUCAAAGUCCGGCUCAAGGAGCAGCACCUGCAGACUCUUGGAGCCCUGAAUUUGAUUUAGUUGGAUGCGAGACAGAUAGUGGAGAGUGUUUUGAUCCAAUAAUGGCUGUUUUAGAUGAGUCAGAAGGCGAUGCAAUUUCUCCUGAAGGUGAGGGCAAGAUGAAUGAGUUACUGGAGGGAGUCCCUAAGCUGCCCGGAAUCCAAGAUCCAUUCUGGGAACAGUUCUUUUCUGUUGAACUCCCAGCGAUUGCAGAUACAGACGAUAUUCUAUCAGGAUCAGUGGAGAAUAAUGACUUGGUAUUGGAACAAGAACCAAACGAGUGGACCCGUAAUGAACAACAAAUGAAGUAUCUUACUGAACAAAUGGGACUGCUUUCCUCAGAAGCACAGAGGAAAUAAAGGGGAGGUUGCAAAAGGAGAUAUGAAGGAACGAGGAAUAUAUCAGAUGGUGUGUAUACCCUUUACAUUUUUACUUAAAUGAAAAAAAAACAGAGAGAAGAAACAUAAAAGAUUUACCACCAAGCUUGUGAAUAGUUAGUAGAGAUCGGUUUUUGUGUUGUUUAUAUUAUACUUUUGUGUGAAAACGUUCAUCUUGUUCAAUUAUCAUCUCACUAGUACGGUAAUCUGUUGGUCACUGACCGGUUAAUGACCAAAAAAUCAAGAUUAUUUUCUUAUGUUUAUUUCUUUUGAUCAUGAAGAUCC